CCAGCGGCGAGCUCCGGGCGCACGGUGUCACCUCCGGACAGACUCCGGUCCUCUAACGAUGGCUCCUCCAUCCGUCUUUGCCGAGGUGCCGCAGGCCCCGCCGGUGCUUGUGUUUAAGCUGACCGCAGAUUUCCGGGAGGAUCCAGACCCCCGCAAGGUCAACCUAGGAGUGGGAGCGUACCGCACGGACGACUGUCAGCCCUGGGUCCUGCCGGUAGUGAGGAAAGUGCAGCAGAAGAUUGCCAGCGACAGCAGCCUGAACCACGAGUACCUGCCCAUCCUGGGCCUGGCCGACUUCCGGACCCUCGCUUCCCGCCUGGCCCUGGGGGAUGACAGCCCAGCUCUCAAGGCGAUGCGGGUGGGAGCGGUACAGUCUUUGGGGGGAACAGGUGCCCUUCGAAUCGGAGCCGAGUUCUUAGCGCGAUGGUACAAUGGAGUGAACAACAAGGACACGCCUGUCUACGUCUCCUCGCCAACCUGGGAGAAUCAUAAUGCUGUGUUUGCCGCUGCUGGAUUUAAAGACAUUCGAUCCUAUCGCUACUGGGAUGCGGAGAAGAGAGGCUUGGACCUCCAGGGGCUCCUGACUGAUAUGGAGAAUGCUCCCGAGUUCUCCAUCUUUGUCCUCCAUGCCUGCGCACACAACCCAACUGGGACCGACCCAACUCCGGAGCAGUGGAAGCAGAUCGCCACUGUCAUGAAGCGCCGCUUUCUGUUCCCCUUCUUUGACUCGGCCUACCAGGGCUUCGCCUCUGGAGACCUGGAGAGAGAUGCCUGGGCUGUUCGCUACUUUGUGUCGGAAGACUUCGAGCUCUUCUGCGCCCAGUCCUUCUCCAAGAACUUCGGGCUCUACAAUGAGCGAGUGGGGAAUUUGACGGUGGUGGGGAAAGAAUCCGAGAGCAUCAUCCGGGUCCUGUCGCAGAUGGAGAAGAUUGUGCGGAUUACUUGGUCCAAUCCGCCCGCACAGGGAGCUCGGAUUGUGGCCUAUACCCUUUCGGACCCUCAGCUCUUUAAGGAAUGGACCGGGAAUGUGAAGACAAUGGCCGAGCGGAUUCUGACCAUGAGAACUGAACUCAGAGCACGAUUAGAAGCCCUCAAGACCCCCGGGACCUGGAAUCACAUCACUGAGCAAAUCGGGAUGUUCAGUUUCACGGGCUUAAACCCUAGACAAGUUGAAUACUUGAUCAAUGAGAAACACAUCUACCUGCUGCCCAGUGGCCGGAUCAACAUGUGUGGUCUGACCACCAAGAAUCUAGAUUACGUGGCCACCUCGAUCCACGAAGCCAUCACCAAAAUCCAGUGAAGCAGCACUGCCCAAACCAGCACCACCAAAGUGGCCCCCCGUCGUGUGUGUCCCCUGCCUGCACCAACCUCGUUGUACCUAUCCCGUCGUAGAAACCACGGAAGGACUGCCUGCCUGCUGUGACUUCCCUGGAGAGGCGGCCUCUUUUUAAAAGUGGUCCCACUGGGAGUGAACGCCCAUGAAGAGAAGAGGGGGGCCUGGGAUUAGCGCCUUCAGGGAGGCCAGAGCAAACGCACGUUUUUAUUUAAAGAAGAAUAAAGUAUUUUGAUUAUGAGGCGUAGCUCUCUUGCCCCUCCCCACAGAAGCAGGACUGCUGCCCGCGCGACACGCUCCUGUGCUUCUCCGUGUCUGCCGUUGGACUCGGUGCAAAGUCCAGCCCCAAAGAUCAAGUUGUGUGGAAGUAGCUCAGUGUGAUUGUGGGUGUUGGUUGAGUCAUUAAAAGUUGCCAUUGUGACUCAGCUCAUGUCUCCUGCUCUUUCUGUGGCCCUGUCUCUCGAGUGACUGCGAUGAGAAACAAACUACAUCGUGGCCCGCAUGCACGAGUGUGUACACACACACACACACACACACACACACUUCCCCAACAUCAUAUUUCCCCUUGCUGCAUGUGGUACAGUGCUGUUUUCAAGUCCAUUCUAUGGUGUUCUAUUUUACUUUACUGAAAAUAAAAUGAACUUGCCAAUCAA